AUCAUGUGACCGCUAUUUGUAUAACACCGCGACCACUGAGACAAGGAAGAAUGGCCAGGUGGAUUUUGCUGAGCUUUUUUUUAAUCGCGGGAUGUGCAGGGAUAAAAUACCAAAACAACUGGAAAUCUCUUGACGCCAGACCUCUGCCGUCGUGGUACGAUGAGUCUAAGGUUGGUAUUUUCCUCCACUGGGGAGUGUUUUCUGUACCGAGUUACAGCAGCGAGUGGUUCUGGGAGCAAUGGAAGAUGGCCAAACAGUACAACGUUGUGUUGUUCAUGAUGGAGAACUACAGGCCAGACUUCACGUACGCUGACUUCGCCCCACAGUUCAAGGCAGAGUUCUACAGCCCAUCGCGUUGGGCGGACAUAUUCCAGGCAUCGGGUGCGAAGUACCUUGUUCUGGUCACCAAGCAUCAUGAGGGAUUCACCAACUGGCCAUCUAACUACUCAUUCAACUGGAACGCAAAAGAUGUGGGACCCAACAGAGACCUUGUUGGUGACCUGGCCGCUGCCGUGAGGAAGAGCACAGAUCUCCACUUCGGCAUCUACCACUCCCUGCUGGAGUGGUUCCACCCCCUUUACCUCCAGGACAAGGCAAACAACUGGACGACUAACAACUUCGUCAUGAGCAAGGCCAUGCCAGAGCUGUAUGAACUGGUAAAGGCGUACAAGCCGGAGGUGGUGUGGUCGGACGGAGACUGGGAGGCCCCCGACUGGUACUGGAACUCCACUGACUUCCUGGCUUGGCUGUACAACGAGAGCCCAGUGAAGGACUCUGUGGUUGUCAACGAUCGCUGGGGCAGCAACACACGCUGCAAACAUGGGGGAUUCUGGAACUGCAAUGACAAGUACAACCCAGGGAAGAAAGUGAGCCACAAGUGGGAGAACUGUAUGAGUAUUGACAAGGGGUCGUGGGGGUUCCGGCGCAACGCGGACAUCGCCCAGCUGUACAGUAUGCAGGAACUCAUCUCACUGCUCGUGGAAACUGUCAGUUGUGGAGGGAACCUGCUGGUGAACGUGGGCCCCACCAGCUACGGGAUGAUCGCCCCCAUCUACGAGGAGCGGCUGAGGCAGAUGGGACAGUGGCUUGACGUCAACGGCGAGGGCAUCUACGGCACAACAACCUGGCAGUACCAGAACGAUACCGUCAACCCCGAUGCCUGGUACACUGCCAAGAAGGGAGCCGCUGGUUUAGACGUCUACGCUAUCCUCCUAAAGUGGCCGAUGACCUCCCAGUUGGUGCUUGGUGCCCCGAUCCCGUCGGCAGCCACCAACAUUACCAUGCUGGGGUAUGAGGGGCAGUUUGAGUACACCAAGAACCCCCAAGGGGGGAUCACCAUCACCCUGCCGACCAUUCCUUUCAACAGGAUACCCUGCCAGUGGGGGUGGACCUUCAAGAUGGUGGGGCUAGCCAACUGAUCAACUGGCUCCGCGCACAUAGCUCAGGACGCAACAUCCUCAUCUUUAAAACUUUUAUAACUAUUUUAGUAUUUUGUUUAUGAUCUUAUCUUUUUACAUGUUUUGAUGAAUCAAAGUUGAUAAGUAUGUUUUUGUACAGAUAUAAAAGUUGUACUUAUUUAUUUGUUUUAUAUGAACUCUUUGAAGGCCUUAUGAUGUUGGGCCACUUAUGGUUCGAGUAGUGCUGGCAAUUGGAGCAGCUGGAUGAGGAAGGCUGAUUCACUUAUGCAAUAUUAAACCCAGGGAUAUGAUACACAAUCACUUCAUUCCAUGUCAGUAUGUAUCAUGUCACGAGUAGUUUAAUUGACUUGAGUACCUGGUCGUAAUUUGUCUUCAUGACAGAGCUCCACCACACAGCAGUACAUGUCUUCUUUGAUGCUGGUGGUGUUGUGGUACCCUGAAGGGAGGCUUGGAAACUGUUUGAUUCACCCACGUUUACAUGUUUCUGUAUGAAGUAUAUUGAAUAAACCUUGUUGCCUUCUA